AUGACUACCUACGAGGCCGUACCUAAUACCGAUGGCCAAAUACUCAUUCCCGCUGGAGCGAAAGUCCCUGUCAUUCCUAAACCAAAAAUACCUCGUACUACACUGCCUCUACGACGACCACCAGGACGACCACCCGGACGACCACCCGGUAGCGGUAUUUCUGCUCCAGCACGACCGCGAUCCCCACCGGUCCGUAGACAUAUCCAAAGACAUAUUGUCCAACCAUCAGAUCCUUUGCGACCACAGAAAUAUCAAACUUCAAACACCAAACUGAGCGGCAGACUCGAACGCCAAGAAAUCGCUGCUAGACAAUGGCAUGCCGCUCGUUCCCGUUUCCGUCACGUUCCGAUUGCUAUCCGUUCCACCCUGAACCAAAGAAGUUUGCCUACUAGGUCAGAGUCCCUGGUGGUAAGGAGAGAGGAAACACUUGCAAAAGCGGACGAGAAGAAGGAUGAGAGAAAGGAUGUCAAUAAGAUGUCUCUUUCGUAUAUCAUGGGACCUUCGCUCAGUACUCAGGAACUCCCGCCUGUUUCGGAGGAUACAGAGAGGAAAGUUAUUCACUUGACUAUGUCUUCCGAAACUAAAAAUGAGUAUGAAGCUAGAGACGAAGACGAGGACACGGAGGAAGAGGAUAUAUCGCUGGUACAUAAGAAAGAUUCACACGCGCGUGAUAUUUACUGUGCUCCUUUCUCCACCAAUAAUCGCAUAAAUAUUCCGGUCAUAUCAGAUACUCCUAACGCCAAAAAUCGCAUCGUUGACCCAAAUACCAUCACUCCUCUACAGGAUGCUUUACUCAAUACACCCGUGAAGAUUGAGGGCGUCGAACAACUUGCCAGAAACUGUAAGUUUGGUGAGAACACAGAGACAGCUGAUAUCGUAUUCAGAGCCGGCCGCAAGCUACCACCUAUUCCGAUAAGAGGCACUGCUUGCCGUCACACUGAUUCGAAUAUCAUGGCUUUGUCACCAUUCGCAUCAGUGAUUCCCGCUCCAAAGGCUACAUCCCCGGCUACCAUCAGCACUCUCGAAGACGCGGCUGCGACAACACUCGCCAGUCUCAACCACCUUCUAGAUUCGAAUACGUUGAUCUCUGCUCCUACUGUCACGUCAGCUUCAAGCCCAAACAUAUCGGUUGAAACCCAUCAAAGCCCCGAAACCUUCACUCGGAAGCGAUCUUUAUCUCUCAUCUCUACGUCAAAUCCAACACAACCCCCCAAAUCCAAAUCACCUGUGUCAUCUACAACAACUGGAUUUGAGCCAGCAACAAAGAAGAUAUGUAUUGACUCUCUUCUGCACAUUGUCUCAAAUUCAUCGUCCAACUUUCCUCCUCUAGCUCCAACUCCACCAUCUACCCAAAUUCAAACUACUAACCCUCCCAGAACCCAAACGCCUAGCCAACAUACACACAAUCUCCCCAGCGAUUCUCGGCACGAUACGUUAAUGCCCCCUCCACCUUCAGACGCCUAUCCAUCUCCACCGGCACCACCAACACGAUCACCAGGCCCAUCACCAUCAGCAUCUCAAAUUCACACCUCAAUUCCCAGCAGGUCUGUUCCAAAAACCCUAAUUCUAAGAAAUCCAAUUCCGAGCAAGGAAACCCCAACUCCAAACCCACAAACCCACCUCCUUUUCUUCGACAACCAAGCCUACUCACCCCUCCCCUUUCCUCUCCCCGUCCCAUCCUCAACUCUUCCCCGCUCAACCUCGGCCCCACCCACAUCCUCAUCCCCAUGCACGCCCACGAAUUUCCAGUCCAAGCCGCUCCCACGCAAAAACAUCAUCUACAGAGCCUGGAAGCUGCGUCCCUCUCAAUCUACACUCAUUGGCCUUCCCCCUUCUCAAACCCCCAAAUACUUAGUCGUGGUCCGUAAUGACGAUCGAUCCACUCAAUCCUCUUCCAGCGACCAUGAUGGAAAUUUCGGGAAAUGGUGGGGUGUAAUUGAUGGAAAGGAGGACAUGGAGGAGAUCAAGAAGUUACUUGGAUGA